AUGGGGAGGAAGUGCUCACAUUGUGGAGUCAUAGGCCAUAAUUCAAGGACCUGCACAUCUUUGAGAGGCUCUACUCUCGUUGGACUUCGCCUCUUCGGCGUGCAAUUAGACACUUGUGUUACCAUCAAGAAAAGCUUCAGCAUGGACUCUUUACCCUCUUCAUCAUCUUCCUCAUUUUCUUCAUCAAGGCUAACCAUUGAUGAAAAUUCUGACCGAACCUCUUUUGGGUACCUAUCAGAUGGUCUCAUAGGUCGAGUACAAGAGAGGAAGAAAGGAGUGCCAUGGACAGAAGAGGAACACAGAAUAUUCCUUGUUGGACUGGAGAAGCUCGGAAAGGGUGAUUGGAGGGGAAUCUCUAGAAACUUUGUGACCACAAGAACCCCGACACAAGUGGCAAGCCAUGCUCAGAAGUAUUUUCUUAGAUUGGCAACUAUAGAUAAGAAGAGGCGACGUUCAAGUCUUUUUGACUUGGUUGGUAGCAACAACCCCAAUAUGGCAGGUUGUAAUUCAGUUUCAGCUCAUCAUCAAAAUGAUGAGUCUAAACGUGAUGAAGUUAAGAAUAAUGGUGCCACUUUGUCAUUGCUAGGGCGUAUAACCCACUUUCAAGAAGAAACUAAAUCUGAUUAUAAGCAAGAAAAUCUUGAUAAUUGCCCUCAUCAAGUUCCUAAUCUGGAGCUCACUCUUGCAGGCCCCAAGGGAAAGACCCUUCAUCAGGAACAAAACAAACCAACCCCUUCUGCUCCAUUCCUGCUUGGGCCAAUUACUGUGACUUAA